CUUGAAUCUCCCUAUUUAGCUCCUUACACAGUCCCUCUUGAUUUGAGGGUGAUCCUUCGCUACUGAUCAUGGACUCCAUUGGUGAAACUGAAAACCGACGAGAGAAUGCUGUAAUCCAAGACUGAUAAAUUGUGUGCUGAUUUAAACAAGUUGCGACUGGAGAACCACCUGCAGGUCGAGGGUCUAUGAGAAAGAUUCCUACCGUCAAAGAAACCAAACAAACCCAAGGUCGCCGUGUACGACUUACUGAACAUUUCAUACCAACUCUUCCUCUGUUACUCGGGAAAUAUAUGACUGAUCCCGAACAAGUUGCAAACCUCUUGUCAAUCCCUCAAUACUUAAUAUGGAAAUCUAUACUACCUCACGUCAAGAGAAGAGUCUAGAUUCGUUAUUGCGCUUGAUCCAGAAUAUAGUGGAAAGGCACACCACAACAGAAGUGUUGGAAGGCUGCGCUCAAGCGCUGGAAUAUCUUUGUAAUGAAGAUUACGCCAUAUCUUCUCGAUGUGAUUUAACAAGGAACACUUUAAUUGAUCGUAUCGUUAAGAAAUGCGAACAAGAUUAUGAAAAUUAUGUAACACUGAUGGCUGGCGACGACGAGCCCAACAAGGAUUCGGUGUUUACGCUGGUAUUGGGUUUGAAAAAAAUUGCCUUAUUCUCGUCACAUCACAAUCUUGGGACAUGGAAUUUGUGGGAUGUUUAACGGAAUUCAAGAAACUUUAAACCUAAAUCGGUCAAUGCCACUUGAAGCUAUAAAAUAUUGCAUUUCUGCUUGCCAUUCUGCUGUUUUAUGGGAGCUUCUGCAAUUCAAAAACUGUUCUGGACAAGGAACGUCUGCCGCUCAACAACAGAAACAAUUAAGAGAUCAUUUGGACGCGUACAUGUCUUUGAUGACUGAGCUUAUCACUUCGAACGUUGCUGAUUUUAGAGAAGAGGCAUACGUGUCUGUAGGGGAUUUGCUUAUAUGUUUUAGCAAGCGACUAAAAGACAAUCCUCAGUUAAAACCGCUUGUUUACGAGCCUGAUCGUGACCUACAACAAAUUCUGGAAAAUUUCAUUCAGACUUAUGUAUUUGUUGAAGAAGAAGAAGAUGUAGACGAGGAAGGCGACGAACAUAAAAAAAUUGAAAAAUUGCACAAUCGCCGGAACUAUUUAUCGGUUUUCUGCAAACUCGUGGCUUGCAACGUCUUGCCUGUAAAAGCUGCGGCAGGUGUUAUUAGACACUAUGUCAAGUAUUACGAUGAUUACGGUGACAUCAUUAAGACAUUAUUGGGAAAAAUUCGAAACAUCAACAAAAUUACCAGUGCAAAAACUAUGGUUCUUAGUCUCUCAUUGCUGUGUCACGAUCUAACAAGGGAUGGUGGAAGUCGUAUUGAUCGGCAGUCAGAAGAAUUUCUUAGUGUCAAGGAAUUGGCCAAAGAAAUGGCCAUGUCAUUUGGACUCGAUACGGUGAAAAAUCGCGAAGCUAUCACCGCCCUUCAUAGAGACGGAAUUAUUUUUGCCAAAUCCACUCGAGAAUCCAAAUAAUCAAAUUGGCCCUCUUCCUAAUUUAGCGUUUCUUGAAAUUUGUGGCGAGUUUUCAAACAAACUGUUAAAACAAGACAAAAAGGUGGUUUUACAGUUUUUGGACCGAAUGCUGAUCAUGGGUAGGCUUUCACCUCGUCGAGAAUGGGAACCUAUCUUGUUCUACCGGAAUUCCUUGGUUCAUGGCGAAACUGAUCCACCUCCGCAUUCUGUCAGGAGCGCUAACAGACGACGUCGUCGCGAUACAGGUGGAGACGACGGUGAAAUCGCUGAUAAGUGAUAACGAUGAUGGAUCAGAUCACGAAUUUGCCGAGGGUGGGUAAUGUUACCCGGUUUGACUUCAGCAUUUGAGUCUUGUGAAUGAAUGAAGUGAAUUCGUAGUAACAUAACAUGUACGUGUAAAAGUUUCAUUUCAUUUUUUGAUAAAUUUCCAGUGUUAACGCAUCUUAUCUGCGAUGAUUCUAGGAAAUGUUAGUUUUUAUUAACGUUUGGUGAGGUGCUUUGUUAUUUAUCCUUUUGGCUACUGAACUGCGACAUGUAAAUUUCCAUUUUAACAAUGGAUCCUGCUGUUAGAUUACGUACGAUCGCACUUGUAGGAUUCUCUAGGAUAAAUAAACACAGUUGACAGUU